UAUGGACAGCAGACUGCUGCUGCCAGAGGAAGCCGGUAACAGCGCUUUAACUAUCCUGUCUGUAGAAGAGCACUGUCAGUUGUUGGACUGACUUCGAAAAGUUUAGUUGGAGUCACGACAGUCCCCCACCGAUACCGUAUACGGGUAGGUGAUGGUGUGACGACUCGGUAAAGGGAGAUUCAUGCGCAAAAAUGCGAUUUUUUCUCGCUUUGCUGUGUGUUCUGUGCGUUACACAGGGCCGCAGCAUUUUCGAUGGAAUCUGUCCCAGAAGAGACCCUCCCCCUGGUGUAUUGGUUUUAUCCCCAGGCAGUAAGUUGGUUCUAACCUGCAAAGGUCAUGUGAUGGUGGAUGGAAUAAAGGUCAGCAUUUCCCAAAACAGCUCAAACACCAACAGAAGAGGGAGAGCUCCAGUUGCACCCACAACCACUGGAAACAUUAUAAACAGCAAACUUACUAUGAACAGUAUUGUAAAUGAGGGACACCACUUUGAUACUACGGCAGAAGUCAGUGCUGUGAAAGGAGAAAACACAAGCCUUGGAUAUACAGAUGCAACAUACACAGCUUCCCCUACCACUCUCAUGGUCCAACCAACCAGUGUUGGCAGACUGCUGAAAGGGCAAUCCGACUGGGAGGCUGAAGAGGUGGACGGUGAGGGUGAUUAUGAGGAUUACGAAGAGGAGGAAGGGGAGGAAUUGAGCAGAGUAACAAGAGGCAUAAAGUCAAGGCCUCAGUGGAAGUGGAACGGCAAAAUAGUGGGGACCAGCGAGACAGACCGGAGAGAAAUCUCAUUUGAGAGGAGGGGGGCUACAUUGUCUCUGUCCUCAGUAAGAGUGACAGACUCUGGGAGGUACACUUGUCAUCACAGAGGCAGAGAGAGGUUCUCCUUAAAAGUAUUGGUUGCAGAGCCUCCUGAGAAGCCCAGCCUGUCCUGCUACAAAAAGUCACCCAGCAGUAAGAUUCGCUGUGAGUGGACGCCUCAAAGGCCUGUUACAAGACAGUCAAAAUGUUACCUCAUAGUGAAUAAAAGAACGUCAGACACAUUCCUUCAUUUGCCGUGCUCAUACUCAUCUCGGCUCGCCCGUUACUGGUGCACUCUGGACCACAAUGAGGACGAGCUGAGGACAAUUCAUAUGGUCUUCCUGUGUGUUACGAACAUCACAUGCAAUGCCACCAGCGCCCCGCUGUACUUCAUACCUAUGGACAUUUUAAAGCCAGACCCUCCAACAAAUGUGAAGGCUGAACAGGAGGAGGGACAUAAAACGUGGCUAAAUGUCACCUGGAAUUCUCCAACCUCCUGGAAGCAUCAAGACAGAUUUUAUGAACUAAUCUAUGAGGUCAAAUACAGGCCUAAGGAGUCUUCAUUUUAUCAUGACCAGCUAAAGAGGGUUGAGCGUUCAUGCUCCUACACUAUCACUGAUGUGAUGCCUGGUGUUGAGUACCUGAUACAGCUCAGAACUAGGGAUGAAUACGACGGUCAGUGGAGUGACUGGAGUACACCCAUCAUUUCCACUAGCUGGACAGGUGAUGAUCUGAUCACCACAACGUUUCCAGCAUCCACAGAGGAAGGAUCUUGUGCAGAUGACUAUAUGCCUGAAACAAAUGCUAUACCAACACCAACGAACAGAAGUGGCAUGGAGAAGUCAUAUCCCAUCCUGUGGAUCUCUGGUUCAUUUGUUCUCUUGUCAGUCAUUUUGGCUGUCUACAUAUUCAGACACAAGGACAGAUUUAUGUCUAAACUCCACCAUGUGAGCGUCAUCAUCCAGUCUAGUGAGUCGUCUCAUCUGCCACCCACCACCCCAGCAGCACCAGGGGGACAGGCCCUGGUGACCUUUAGUCCUUCGCUUUUCAAAGAGCAUCCACCGAGCAAAGCAGAAGAAGAAGAGGAAGAAGAAGACGAAGAAGAAGAAGAAGAAAAUGGGGAAGAACAGAGGGAGAGGAUAGAAGCCAUGCACUUCAACAACACAAGUUAUUUCUUGAUCCAGAGGGAGUGAUUGCCUCUCAAAAAGGGGAUAAAACUAGCUGGAACAGCUGAACUACUUUGUUUCGCUGAAUUAGUGUGUUUCACUUCAGAACUUGUGUCUCAGAUGAUAAAAGGACUUCAAAUCUAUGUUUCCCCUAUGGGCUUCCUUUGGAAGAAAAGUCAGGAACAGCUUGUAAAGUCUCUUUCUCUAACUCUCUAAGUCUGUCUCACGCCUAAAAUACCUCUGAAAAUACUUUUUUGUUGUUGUUGUUCUACUGUAUAUGUCUUAAGAGCAGCAUUUAACUACUCUGCCCUAUUUGUACGCCAAUUUAAAAUGUGCUGAUAAACUGUAGAUUGGAUGUGGGUCUGAUUAUUGUACAGGCCUGCAUCUACCUCGUGUUCUACUUGAAUAUAAUUUUGCUAAGGUUUAUCAAAUAUAUUGCUCACAUCCUG